CGAAGAGCGUCUGCUGUUCGUCAUGGAAUCCCCAAGGAAGGAAUUGAUGUCUGCCCUUUCCACGNNCUCCAUCUGGGUGGUAAAUACUCUGAUCUUACUGUCAAAUGCAACUCUCGAGAAUAUGCCGUUCACCGAGCCAUCCUUUGUUCACGGUCUGGAUUCUUUGAUGGAGCUUGUAGCAACCAGUUUCGCGAAGCUCAGACUGGCUUGAUCGAUCUGAGCGAGGAAGAUGAAGAAGCGGUCGAGCACAUGAUCCACUNNCCUGACGGCCGUUUAGACUUCUACCACCUGGACUACCUUGUUCCCGAAGACGAAGAGNGGCCAGCUUCUCCUGUCUUCCGUCACCGUGCGCAAGAAGCCCUCCGGCAAAGGCCCCAAAAGCUUGACCUGUCUCAUAUUGUGGACCCUCUUUUCGCUCAGGCAGCUGCUUGCGCCCCACCUACGCCAGUCACGCCGACGGAAAGUGUUGAUCCCCUUUGCNGCUCAAGGCAUGAUUCGAGCGUUGAUCACUCGCCGCGUGCAACGAGCCCGAAAGGCAAGACCAGACUUCGCGGCUCAGGUCCCGGCAGCGCUUCGAACUCAGGGUCUGAAUGCGAGUCAGACGAGGAUGAGGACUGCGAGUACGAGACAGAUGAAUCGAACCUCCUCACGCACACACGCGUUUACGCAUUAGCGGAAAAGUACGACAUCCCUGCCCUGAAGGCUCUUGCAAAAAGCAAAUUCGAGAUGGCAAUGGCCUGCUACUACGACUCGCCAGAGUUUGCCGAUGCAAUCGAAGAAGUUUACUGUUCGACCAUUGACAGUGAUCGCGGUCUUCGGGACGUUGUUCUCCAGGCUUUCAGAAGUCACCCUCAGCUUGCCAGCACUCAAGAUGUUUUUAGUGUUAUCAAACGCACCCCAACCUUAGCCUUUGAGCUUUGGAAGACUGAGAGAGGAAUCCCAGUC